AUGACGAGGGACCCGCGUCUUGCAACGCCUCAAUUAUCGUGCCUGAUCAGUUGCUAUAAAAUUACAGGUAUUUUGAACUCUUUAUGUGCCAAAAAAAAUAUACAAGGAUUUGACUGUGAUGCAGAACAAGAAAGAGUACAAAAAUUAUAUAGCACUUUGGUAUCCCAAGUUCAAGAUAAAUAUGUCAAGAACCAAUGUGAAAAGUCAGAUAUACAACCGACCGUGGAUGCUMAAACUAUAUUUGAUUAUAUUUCAACCCAUGAAAAUUUACCAUCCAGGGAAAUCGAAGAAUUAGUUGAAUUAUUUAAAAGCAUUGCCAAAACAUAUUCUGAUUCACCAAUUGGAUUUGACACUUCGUUUAAUAUCAAUAUACAGCCAAAUUUACCAAUCCUGUGUGCAGUUAAAAAUAUUUUUGCAAACAUGUUCUAUCUUAUUUUGUGGCUAGGAAUAGUUUCAUUGUCCCUUAUGAGUCUUUAUUUUGGAAUAUGCUACAUGACRACCAAAAGUGAAAAACAUAAAUAUGAAGUUAAUCGCUUAGUUGAAAGCAUAAUUGAUUUACUGAAACAACAAGCUCAGUAUCGACCCAAUGAAAGUUAUUUACCUAUCAUACAUAUACGUGAUCAAUUAAUUCCACCAAAUGAGAGACAAACAAAAUCUAAGAUUUGGGCUGAAGUUGAACAAUAUUUCUCUGAAUCAGAAUCAAGAGUAAGAUCUGAAAUCCAACAAAUUGAUGGUGAAGACUUUCAAGUAUGGAGAUGGGUUCAACCUAUGUCCCCUGUCACAGCAAAAAAAGUUUGGCAAGGUCAAGCAUUUGAAACUAAUGAAGGUAGUAUGAAUUCUCCUCAACCAAGUCCUACUUCUUGUUUAAAAAUCCGUCAUAUGUUUGGACCAGAUUCUAUGCUAGGAGUUGAUUGUGAAACACGUGUCAAAGAUGCUAUUCUAGAAAAAUGUGAGUCUGUAGAAGUUUUACAUCUUUCAGUUGAUCGUAGCAGUCAAGAAGGAUGUGUUUAUGUUAAAUGUGCCUCUCCUGCUGAAGCAGGAAAAGCUUAUAGACAGUUACAUGGAUUUUGGUAUGAUGGAAAAUUGGUAACUGUAAAAUUUUUACGUUUGGAGCGUUACCAUCAAAGAUUUCCAGAUGCUGUUAACACAACAAUACCUCUUAUGCCAUCUAAUAAUGAAAAACGUUCGUUACAAUAAAUUGAAUUAUUAUAUUAAAAUAAUUUUGUCACUAACAUUGUUGUUUAAUUUUAAAAACGUCUUAAC